AUGAAUAGACAAAAAAUAGAAGCUAUGCUGGAAUCAAAUUCGGACUCAUAUUCGGAAGAUUACGACGAUACUGACGCUGAUCCAAACUGGUCCUCGGAAAGUGAACCGGACGAAAAUAUUUACGAACGUGAAUUAUUGGAUAAUUGUAACGUAACUAUUAAUACGAUUGAAAUUAUUGACAUGUUAGUGGUUGAAACAAACAGGUAUGCUAAUGCUAAAAAAAACACAGCAGGCUUAUCUCGACAUGCUAGAAUUAGAAAAUGGGUCGACACAAAUGAGCAGGAAAUUAAACUCUUUUUUGGUAUUGCUAUGUGGAUGGGCAUGAUGAAACUGCCAUCAAUUGCUCACUAUUGGAAAAAUUCUAAAUUAUAUUCUUGCAAUAUUCCAAAAUUUAUGUCCCGAAACAGGUUUGAAAUUAUUUUGAGUAUGUUACACAUUUCUGAUAAUGACAAAGCUCCUACUAAUGAUAGAUUAUACAAAAUCCAAAUAUUGAUUGAUUUACUCGUCGAAAAGUUCAAUAGUGCAGUAAUUCCUGAAGAGUCAGUUUGUAUCGAUGAGUCUAUGGUCCCUUACUUGGGUCGAUUAUCGUUUCGGCAGUAUAUUUCUAAUAAACGUCAUCGUUAUGGAGUCAAAAUCUUUAAGCUGUGUACACGGGACUUUUAUACGUCAAAAUAUAAAAUAUAUGCAGGAAAAGAAGCGACAAUGGGUGAUUCAGUUUCAUGUAAUGUAGUAAUGGAACUAAUGGAACCAUAUCUCGAUUUCGGUAGAACAUUGUAUGCAGAUAAUUGGUAUAACUCCAUUGACUUAGCGGAAAAAUUAUUGCAACAGAAAACACACUUAGUAGGAACAUUUAGAUCAAAUAGAAAAAGAAAUCCUAAAGAUGUAACACAAAAAAAACUUAACCGGGGUGAAAUAUUUGCAAAAAAGAGUGAUCGCGAAAUUAUGGUACUAAAAUGGAGAGACCGUAGAGAUGUUCUUAUGAUAAGUACAAAACAUUCAAACACGAUGGAAGAAGUCAUGGCUAAAAGAGGAAUUAAAAUAAAACCAAAAGUUGUUAUCGACUAUAAUCGUGGUAAGGGAUACAUCGAUUUAACUGAUCAAAUGGGAUCUUAUAGUAGCUGUCUAAGAAGAGGUGUGAAGUGGUACCGUAAAGUUGCUAUGGAUAUUAUUUGCAACACAUCAUUAUUGAAUGCUUUUAGUAUUUAUAAAGGAGUCACUGGAAAUUCUAAGACAAUUACCCAGUUCAAAGACGACAUUAUUAAUGGAUUAAUUCAGCAAUCAAACAGUGUUCCAGAAGUUCCAGAAUUAUAUGAUGAACAUAAGAACGCAGAUAGCAAGAAAGAAAACCUCUCGCGUAUCAACGAUUUGUCCUAA